CUUACUUUCUUCAUCUUCUUUAAUAUACAUUAGAAAAUUCCUCACACAACCGAUCCACAAUUCAUCAAUAUAAACCCCUUUCAGAUAUCCCUCCACUUAAUUUGUGAUAUUCACAACCAGAAGAUCCAUCAAAGAGAGAAAAGGUCGAACUAAUUUUAAGGAUCAGGAAUUAAUGGAGGUGGCGAAGAAAAGGAAGAAUAAUAACUCAGUACUGAUUCUUCCUCUUCUACUUCUUCUUCUCAUAAGCUUGCCUUCUCUCUCAUCAGCGUCUGGUUAUUAUGGGAAGAAGAAGCACUUUGUACUAAUCCAUGGCGCCGGUCACGGCGGGUGGUGCUGGUACAAGGUGGCGACUCUGCUGAGAUCAAAGGGCCAUAACGUGACGACGCUUGACUUGGGUGCUUCUGGGAUAAACCCUAAGCAAGUGAACCAGAUAGGUUCCAUUUCAGAUUACUAUGAGCCGUUGAUGGCGUUCAUGGCGUCGGUUCCGGCGAAGGAGAAGGUCAUAUUGGUGGCACAUAGCUUAGGAGGAGUGUCUACUUCUGUUGCCAUGGAGAAGUUUCCUCAUAAAAUAUCAGUUGCAGUUUUUGCUUCUGCUAAUGUUCUUAGCCAAAACCUCUCCUAUCCUGCUCUUCUCUCUGAGGUGAACAGAAGAAACAUGUCAUUGAUGGAUUCACAAUAUUUCUUUGAAGAUGGGCGCACCAACCGUUCCGCUGCUAUACUUUUUGGGCCCAAAUUCCUGGCAACCCGUAUGUAUCAAUUAUCCCCACCGCAGGAUUUGACACUUGCACUGUCGCUGGUGAGGCCUCUACGGAGCUUCAAUGAUGGAGAAGUAGUGAGAAAAGAAACAGCAGUGACAAGUAGCAGAAAUGGAAGGGUGCCAAAAAUAUUCAUCAUCUCUAAGAAUGACAAAGUGAUUCCAGAGGACCUCCAGAUUUGGAUGAUUCAGAGAUCUCUUCCAUUUGAUGAUAUCAAAGUCAUCAAAGAUUCAGAUCAUAUGCUCAUGCUUUCUCAGCCACUCAAGCUAACCUCCCACCUUUUGCAAAUCGCCAACAAGUAUUAGCUGGAUUCAAUGUGAUACUUGAUUUCUUAGUCUCAUUAAAAGAUUAUUAUCUAUUUUGAUUUUGAUUUGUCCCCUAUUAUCAUUAUUGGACUUUGGAUCCAAUUCUAUUCUUGAUAAGCCAAAUUAUUUGACUAAGGAGCAGAUAGUUCUUGAUAAGCCGAACUAUUUGACUAGGGAGUAGACAAUCUCCCUAAUUAAUUAGAAAGUCCAAUUGCAAGGCAAUCAAGAAAAUAAACUGCAUUAAUUCUUAUGGGAAAAUUAAGGAACAAGAAAAAUGACUCACUAGAAA